AUAUUAAGGCAGAGAACUGAUUGAAACGAGGGAAAUGGCGAUCGUUGGGGACGUUAGUGAAAUGAGUGCGACGCGUUUGAGUGUGUGGUGCGGGGCUGUUCUCUUCGUGGCUACGACCCUCGUCCACUCGCAGGUGACAUGGACACCAAUCUACCUGGGCAAACACAGUCAAGUGGAUCUUUGGACACAAACGACGAAAGGCUGCGCCUGCAGUUUUAAUUCGUCCAGCAACGAGUGCGCGUGCUGCGUCCCGUCCGGAGGAUGCAGUUGCGGCGCUGCAUCGCCGGACAGAUGCGCCCAGUGCGGCCUGGAGGAACACUGCGCCAACAUGUGCAAUAUAACGCUGGACAGCAAGCAGUUGUUCAGCAAAUCGGAUCGUGGCUUCGGGCAAAUAAAGUCGCCGUCUCUCGAAGGGCCCUCGAGGUGUACGUACAGAUUCGUCCCGGACACUGGCCAACGAGUCGAGCUACAAAUCUAUCGACUGAUCUCGAUCGGACGACAUAACGGCACAGCGUGCGAGGGUGGUUGGCUUCAGCUCGAGGGCGGCGCUCGAGUUUGCGGUCGCAACGAACGUUUUGUUCAGCCGGUCGUCCUGUUUUCCGACAAACAGAUCCCGAUCCUCCACAUGCAGAUAAACGAGAACACCACGAGAUCCCAGUUUUUGGCGUACUUCAGCUUCUCGUCCAGGGCGAGCGUGUCCGUUGGCUGGCCGGUAAAAGGCGGCGAUCCUGUGAACAACACUGAGUGCGACUGGGUGUACGAAGACACCGACUGUCACGACGGUUGCGUACUGGCCAGCCCCGGAUAUCCUGGCCUAUAUCCUCCGAGCAUCCGGUGUCUCUACUUAAUUACUUCCGGCCCGCGAAUGUCCAUCGCAAUUAACUUCACCGCCGUUCUUCUACCUUACAAUCACUGCGCGAGCGACUAUAUAGCAGUGUACUCGGGUCCAACAACUUCGAGUCCUCUUCUGAAGAUGAUCUGCGGGAAGGAGAAAACGUCGUUGAUGUACAAUGGACAGAAACUCCUGGUCGAGUUCAGAACGGGUCCGGAAGUGCCACCGUUCGACUACAAUGGUUUCGUCGCUAGCCUAAGUUUCAUCGAAAUUACAACGGAGAGGCCGACGACAGUCACCGCGGACACCGUCAGUAAGAGUGUGGACACGAUGAAGUCGAUCGGUUACAACGUGCACUACAACAAUCGGGCCCUCCACGAUCACAGAAAAGACCAGGACUCGGUGACGAGCAGCUGCGACCUCGAGGUCAGCGGCGAGGAGGACCGCACGGGUCACCACGAUACCAGAGGGAAACUGAAGUCCACGACGUGUCGGCUCGUCCUUCGCGGACGUGCUUAUGACACCGGACACGUUUCGCUGGCCAGUUACAAUCUCAGCGCCCAAUCGUGCCAAUCGGCGAUCGAAAUAUACGACGGCAUCCCCGAAGAAGGGAUGCUUGGCACCACGAAAUCUCUGGAGAGAAUCUGCAGUCCUGCGCAGAGACUUCCACGGGAAUUCGAGCAACAAGAUACCUACAUCGAGCCGAAAAGGUACUCGUCUAAUGGCAGAGAUAUUAUGGUCGUUCUGAGACGAGCCACGAACAGCCCCACCGACGAGGAAUAUAUGGACGUCUCUUAUUACUUCCACAAUGAACGCGAGGGUGGCACUCAACAGCCGGCCAGCGUGUGCGACGUCGAAUAUUACGGAUUAACGUCACGGGUGAAUGGCUCCGUGGUGCAUCCGGAGCCCCACCGAUUAUUCGCCAUGGACGGGCCUAUAAAGUGCAGGCAGCACUUCAUUCCGGCGCCUAAUCAGUCGGUCGUCAUUCGCGUGGAGAGCAGCACGGAACAGAAGCCGAACAACCCGUGCGAAACCAAGUGCGGGGACAGCGGCUGUCAGUGCGUCAGCAGCGAGUCCCUGGAGAACAUGGACCACCUUCUGCUCGUCUCUGAAACCGGCCACAUCGUCACCUGCCUCUGCGGGAAUUAUCAGGACUGGCUGCCCGUCGGCAUCCGCAGCUGGACGCCGGUGUACAUCGAGUGGUCGAGGUUCUCGAAAGCAGGCCUCAAUUUCCGUGCGGCUUACGAGUUUAUCAACGACACUUACUGCGGCGAUCACACGACGACCAACCCGGAAGGCGAGGUCAAUGGCGGUGACCUGGCCAGCACCGGCCUAAAGCUCAAUCAAUACUAUCAGCAGAGAUGCACGUGGAUCUUAUACUCGUUGACGGAUCGACAACUCGUCAUCGAAGUGAAGUCUACUCAGAGCCGUCCGUGCACCGCUUGGAAUCUGACGAUACACGAGUACAGCAAGAACGGCGACCCGGCGGGCCCGAGGCUGCACACAUUCUGCUCGAGGGACACGCACAAAAACUUCACCCUUCCGUGGAAAACUAACACCGUGGUCGUUAGAUUACAAGCGCUUGGAAGAACUGCACCAGAGUACACGAUGAAGUGGAGGAGUCAAACGGUGAUCGCGAAUACGCAUAAGAGUGGACCGUCGCCAGCGCCUAACCACGUGCGUGACUCCUCGACCGGAAACGGACCACGUGAGACGCUGAUCCUAAUUCUCGCCACGAUACUCCUCGCUCUAGCGACCGGUUGUUGAGUGAUCGAGCUCGACACAUCCGUGUCCGUACACGUUCCUGUUCAAUGAGAAACAAACUAUACGAACGAGCCUAAGGUUUGUUUUGUUUGUGUACAUACACGGUUCAAGUA